CAAACGCAUUAUAUUUACAAACUGGUCUCCAAUGACAUAACAAUGAGCGUGUUUUAUAAAGAGGCGGAUGUCAUCCAUACUGCAAUAUCCCUUCGUCAACACUUGCAUUAGGGAUUGUCAUGAAUCAUGAAAGCUUUAAGAAAAGUAAUAACCAUCUUACUAUCCCUGCUUAUCACUGAAUUGACGGCAGAUAAAUGCGAAAGGGUUAAAAUCGGGAACGAGUAUUACAAACGUCAACUCAUAGCUGCUAUAGAUGGCUAUCCCACAGGAAUGGUCAUUGAUCCUAGAACGGAAAACAUAUUUUUCCUGCUGCACAAAAGGAAUUAUACUAAAGGUAUACACAUUUUAAAACACGGGGCUCUUGGAGUAAAAGAGUUACCAGUAUCAGACGAUAUUAUAGGACAAUGCAUUGGUAUUGAUGUUGCAAAUAACAUAGUGUACAUUGGCACAAAUCAAGGACUCGUCACUUAUGACUAUUCAAGACCAGAAAUCCUUGCUGACAGACCCAUAGGAGAUGAUGAUAUACGCAGCAUCUUUAUAGACAAGACAGAUAACCAAAUGUACAUAACUACUGGACAUAAUCACGAAAUAUUUAGAUUCGUCAAUGGUUCUGCAGCUAUAAAACGAUAUGAGAAAAUACCGAAAGCCUACAAUUUCGUUUUGGAUGGGAAAGGAAACGCGUUCUACGAAUACGUAGAUGGAAGAUUGUACUUCUUUUCAACUGAUCUUUAUGAACCGAUACAAUACAAAGGAUUUUCGAGGGAACUAAAGUAUAUACUAAAACUGAAUAAACAUGACGAAGCAAUAGUAGCAGUGAAAGGGUCAUUGUUCAGAUUGUUUACGAAGAGUAUUCUGCCCGUUAAAAUCGGCCAAUUGGGUUUUAAAAUUACUGGCAUGGCUUUUGAUCAUAGAAAUAAUAUUAUAAUUGGUACGAGAGGUAAGAUUUAUAGAUAUAAACCGAUUGAUACUAAUGAUCCUUGCCCGCCUGAAGAUUAUUUCAUGACCAGUAUUUGAGUUUAGGUAGUUUAGUGAAAUUGUGAUUUAGAUUUGAUAAAUAAAUGUUUUUCGUAUGAA